UUAACCUCCCUGGCGGUAUUCCCGAGUGUAGUUCAGGCGGUAACCCCGAGCUACACUCCGGUUUACCAUACGGCGCUGCUCCGGGAUCUGUUCUUCUCUUACCUUGUCCUGCGCUCCCGCGAUAUCUCUCCUGCAGUGUCCCCUGUAAUGUCCUCUGGCAGAUGCUGGCAUCUGUCUUCUGAGGUCGGGACGUACGGGGACGCAACGGCGGGAAAUUUGAAAAUGACAAAAAGUGACAUUCACUAAAUUCACUAAAUCACAUAGUAAAACAUUACUGUAUCAAACCAUUUCACAUACAU